AUAACAAGACAAGCGUGUCUCCGGAGACAGAUCUGUGUUCUGCUGCCCCAGACUGAGGCUCAGGGUGCCUCCAGCGCUCCACACGAGCCUUUACAACACACAACAAACACUCAGGCACAUUUUUGCUGUCAGGACUCGUACACCUGCUGCGCUUCUGAGCUGAGACAAGAGUCCAACCUAGGAGACCAUUCACACGGCAAGGUUACCGAGAGGAGACGGUUAUCCUUUUUUGGGGAAAUGAAACUUGAAGUUUUCUCCGCGCAUCACUACGCGCAGAAGCCGCUGGAGUUGUGCAUUGACGCAGAGGCGGGAGUCCCUUCUCCCCUGUCCGGAGACGAGCUGGGUUCGGACGGAGACUGCGUAGCCAACAGCCCGGCACCUGUCACACAGAGCAGCGAUGGCGGCAAAGGGAAGCCCUACACCCGCAGACCUAAGCCCCCUUACUCCUACAUCGCCCUGAUCGCCAUGGCCAUCCGAGAGUCCAGCAGCGGCCGCCUCACUCUGGCAGAGAUCAAUGACUACCUGAUGAAGAAGUUCCCGUUUUUCCGUGGCAGCUAUACCGGCUGGAGGAACUCCGUGCGCCACAACCUGUCGCUCAACGACUGCUUCCUCAAAGUCCUGCGGGACCCGUCCAGGCCCUGGGGCAAGGACAACUACUGGAUGCUCAACCCACACAGCGAGUACACCUUCGCUGACGGGGUGUUCCGCCGCAGGAGGAAGCGCAUCUCCAAAAGGCCCCUCAAGGAGCAGGAAAGCCCGGACAUCCUCAGCGAGGACACCCGCCUCCCGGCCCCGGAAGAGAGAGUGGGGGCCAAGUUCUCCAGCCCGUUCGCCAUCGACAGCAUCCUCGGCACACCUUUCAAAAGAAGGGAGGAGAGGUCGUGCGUGGAGCAGCCCGGCCCCCGGCUGUACUGGUCCCCAGUGGCCCACGUACUGCCCUAUAAUCUGAACUAUCCGGCACAGCACACUUACAUGUCAGAGGCGGCGUACAGCGGCACAGAGCCCGGCAGAGAUGCACCCACAUACCUCCAGCACACAGCAUCGGGCACCGCUGCACCUGAGGCCACAUUCAAGAUGCCCAGCAAAGCGCGAGGCUUUCAUAUAGAAUCCUUGCUGUCGUGAGACAUCCAGAGUGCUGUCAGGACUUGUGUGUUCUCAUCCACAGUGUGCACUUUGGUGGGCACUCUCAGCUUUCAGUGCUUCAACUGUUUUACUGUGUGAGAGUCGGUGUGUCUCAUCAUGACUACUGUAGCUUCAGUCAAAGAAAAAUAAAACAAACAUGCCGAGUUGUUAAUCUAGAUAUAACUGUGUGCUGACUAAGCAAAUCAUUAGAGUCAUUGUAGGACAUUCCACUGUGUGUGUGUGUGUGUGUGUGUGUGUGUGUGUGUGUGUGUGUG